CGUGACGUACAUACAGUGUAAACUAAAAAGCGGAGUCUCGGACGGGACUGUUAUUGUUUGAUUUGAAGAGUUUUGGGGGGAGUCCGGUGCUUUAUUUUUAUUCAGGGGGAUAUAACCUACUACAAGGAGGAUAUUUACGAGUCAGUACUAACAUUUUACUUGCCUGAUCUGGAGUGUAUUGUAACAGUUUCGCAUCAUAAUCGUUCAGGUAGUGGUAGGCUAAAGAGUUAGGUCCCAAAGCAGUCGAUGGAUGCGCGGGUAUCCGAGCUGUUCGGCUCAGGAAAUGGACAUGGCUCCGGACACCAAGGCUUUGGAGUAGCUCCGAAAAAAGCUAGUGCCAAGAACAAGAAACCAAAAGCUCGCUUCAGUCGCAACUUUAAACCAAGCAAUAACACUCCGUAUCUACCUCCAGAGGCUGAAGAGGGAAAUAUAGAGUACAAGCUGAAGCUGGUAAACCCAACACAAUACCGCUUCGAGCACCUGGCAACACAAAUGAAAUGGCGACUGCAGGAGGGUCGAGGUGAGGCCGUCUACCAAAUAGGUGUGGAGGACAAUGGCAUGCUGGUGGGACUAUCGGAGGAAGACAUGAGGGCAUCACUGAAGACGCUGCAUAGACUCGCAGAGAAGGUCGGAGCUGACAUCGCAGUCCUCAGAGAGCGGGAGGUGGACUAUGACUCCGACAUUCCUCGUAAGAUUGCAGAGGUUCUCAUCCGCAAGGUGCCAGAUGACCAGCAGUUCUUGGACCUGCGAGUAGCUGUACUGGGUAAUGUGGACUCUGGUAAGUCCACUCUGUUGGGUGUGUUGACACAAGGUGAGCUGGACAAUGGACGGGGAAGAGCGAGGCUCAACCUCUUCAGACACCUACACGAGAUCCAGACUGGACGCACUUCGAGCAUCAGCUUUGAGAUCCUUGGUUUCAACAGUAAAGGGGAGGUUGUGAAUUACAGCGAGUCUCGGACAGCAGAGGAGAUUUGUGAGAGUGCCUCUAAAAUGAUCACCUUUAUCGACUUGGCGGGUCACCACAAGUACCUGAAAACCACCAUCUUUGGCCUCACCAGCUACUGUCCAGAUUUUGCAAUGCUGGUCGUCAGUGCAAAUACUGGCAUCGCUGGCACGACACGAGAGCAUCUGGGCCUGGCCAUGGCGCUGAAGGUGCCCAUCUUCAUCGUGAUCAGCAAAGUGGACCUGUGCGCGCGGGCCACCGUGGAGCGCACUGUGCGGCAGUUGGAGCGUGUCCUGAAGCAGCCGGGCUGCAACAAGGUUCCCAUGGUCGUGAGCAGCACAGACGACGCCGUCACUGCAGCGCAGCAGUUCGCCCAGUCGCCCAGCAUCACACCUAUAUUCACCCUGUCCAGCGUGUCUGGAGAGAGUUUAGACCUACUCAAGGUUUUCUUCAACAUCAUCCCGCCUCUCAGCAACAGCAAGGAGCAGGAGGAGCUCAUGCAGCAGCUAACCGAGUUUCAGGUGGAUGAGAUCUACACCGUGCCAGAGGUCGGGACAGUGGUGGGAGGGACUCUCUACAGUGGCAUUUGUCGUGAGGGGGAUCAUCUUGUGGUAGGACCCACGGAUUUGGGACAGUUCCACAAGCUGACCAUCGGCAGCAUCCAAAGGAACCGCUCGGCAUGUCGUGUCCUCAAGGCCGGCCAGGCUGCCACACUCGCACUGGGCGACUUCGACCGAUCGCUACUUCGCAAGGGCAUGGUGAUGGUCAGUCCAGAGAUGGAUCCCACCAUAUGCUGGAUGUUCGAGGCUGAGAUCGUGCUACUCUUCCACGCCAAGACUUUCCACAAGGGUUUCCAGGUUACUGUGCACAUUGGCAAUGUGAGACAGACUGCGACAGUGGAGGCUGUGUAUGGCAAGGAGGAGCUGAGGACGGGCGAGAAAGCAGUGGUCCUCUUCAAGUUCAUCAAGCACCCCGAAUACCUGAAGGUGGGUGCGAAGGUGCUCUUCAGGCAGGGCGUCACCAAAGGUAUCGGCCACGUCACCAAGCUGCAGCCCAUCGCGCAGUACCUCCCCUCCCCGAGAGAGGAUGACGACGAUGCCUGAAGGUCCGGACACAGCCAGAGCAGAAGACACCGUCCCGCCCUCCUCCUGUUCCCCACACAGAGCUCUGUAACAGGACGUUGUUUCAUCGCCCUUUUUCCAAAAGCCUCGUUACCAUCUUGUCUAUUCGUCCUCCUCGGCUAGUAUUUAAGUCUGAUUUCUCCCGCUGCGGUCGGAGGAGUGUCGUUUUCACUGCCGCCGACGCUCUCUGACAAUUUCAGGGGAGAGCAUCUACCGAUGUGUUACUGUGAGAUCACACAUUCGCAGUGCAGCGCAGCGCGGUGACAACUGGGAAACUCAUCCAGUGUCGCUUGCACAGUUUACAUCAGAAUGCACUCCUAACAGACACACACACACCACGUUACUCACACACAUUUGCACUGAAAUUUAAAGGCCAGUGUUUAUAUACUCGUGGCGGAUGAUAUGAGAUGCUUUGACAUCCGGGUGUGUGACCUGCUGUCUGUGUUACCAGCAAAGUGCCUGACUGAAACACAACUCAGAUGUUCACUGUUUAAACGUUCGUAAAUCACACCCCUUCUCAAUAACGCUACAAAAGUCAAACAGCUUGUCAGUCGCACAGAAUGUGACCGGCGCACUUUAUGGAGGUUGGGGGAGAGCACUGCAAGGUAUUAAAAGUUUGACCCUGGUUGUACGUCCUGCCUGCCAAGAUAGCCCACUCACCUUUUCUCUGUCACGUUCUGUCUGGGAGUCGUCGUCGUUUGUUUCUUAUUGUUCACAAAUAUUGCCUCACGAUAGGGCAGAGAGGUGACAGAAAGUCCCGCUGCCUAUCUUUCAAGUGCUUUAGUUACUCAGGUCGGCGUAGACGCGUUAGACUGCAUUCCACUUUCACAGGAACCCCCCCAGUGGAGGUUUCUGUUGCUGACUGAGAGUUCAAGGAAAAACAAACGAGACUUGUUUCUUCCAAAGAGGUGCGUUUUUGAUUAUGCAUUUAUAUGUGAAGCUGAUUUCUGACGCAGCUCAGUUUUAAAAGCAAUUAUAUCUGAGGUUUCUUGAUGUUCACUUAAGUUACUGAUGUCACAAGCUUUGGAGGGUUUUAACACAGUGCCUGAUUGGAGCUGCUGUCUCAGCAGUUUCCCUCACAAUUCCCACUUUUACAACUUAGGUAAAAAUAAAAAAUACUCAAGUUGGUGCUACAAGAAUCACCCUUUGAUAUCCAGGAGACAACAUUGAAAGUAAAAGUGAAUUUCUGCCCUGCUAGAGGUGGCGGCCGGCCUCGCCGUCCGUCUUUAGUUUUGCAUGUUGAUGUGUUUGCUACACGCUGCUCGAUGCAGAGUUCUGGUUGGAGCACCGAUGUUGUUCGUGUGUGCAAAGAAUGCAUUUCAACCAAAAUAUUUUAUAGCAUUUAUAGACUUCAGGUAAUCAAGUUUGUUUUAAUGCGUCUUUGAAGUAUUUUAUAGAUUUCUAGGAGUUUCGGGUUUUACUCUUCAUUCACAUUUUUCCCCCACUGUUGCAGCCCUCCUAAGAUUACUGCUUUUCUUUCAAAUGAAAGUGUAGUAUAUAUAUUAUGUUUUUGGGGUGAAUUGCAAUAUUUAUGUACAGAUCCAAUUUGUGUGUCAAGAUGUACAUGAAUAAAAUAUAUUAUUGCUUCUUU